AUGAGGAAAACAAAAAGGAAAUCUCGGAGGCGGGAACGAUCCGCACAGACUUGUGCGGGGACGGACGACGCACCCACGGCGAUGUCCGACGCCACCUUUGCAGCAGCCUCCCAGCCGCCCCCGCACACGCUGGAGAAGGCCGCGAGCGUCCUCGCGGCGCACCAGGAGCUCCUCGACAAGGCGCUCAAGCAGCAGCAGGCGCGGCGGGAGCAGCAGCGGCUGUCGGUGCAGCUCGAUCGGCAGAGCUUUGACCAGCACCAGGACGAGCGCGCCAUUCGGAGGCAGAUGCUCGACCUGACGAGGUCGCCGCACGGGCCGCACGGGCCGCCCGUCGCGCACAUGCAGCGCACGCAGCCAGCGCAGGGCGGCUUCAGCCUGAUGGGAGGGCUCGCCACGACGAGAGAGGCUGCUCCGGGCACAGACUGGGAGGGCGGGUCGGCGGGCUCCGGCUGGUCGCUGCUCGACGCGCCCUGCGUCGCGACGUGCUGCGUGGUGGUCCGCCCCGCCGAGGCCGUCGACCGCUGGCUCUACACCGACUACCGCGACUGGCGGCGCGGCAACACCGCCGUGCCGUGGAAGCUGCGCGGCGUCUUCUUUAUGGACGGCAGCGCGAGCGGCGCGGCGCAGAAGAUGCAGGGCUGCUACGUCCUCGACGGCGCGUCCUGGACGCCCGCCACGACCAGGCGUGGACCACGCAUGCGCAUCUACCGCUCGAGGCCGCUGACCGCAACGUACCCCGCCUCGCUGCGCGGCCUGCUCCGCUACGCGCUGCAGUCGUCGCUCUGCUGCGCGUCGGUCGAGUUUCGCUGGGAGAGCGACGAGCUGCUGCGUGCGCGCGCGGUCCCCUCGCUCUUCUGCGGCGCGAUCCCGUGCUUGGGCGGCGCCUACGACAUUGUCGCGGCCGAUGGGCUGGGCGACAAGGAUGCCCCCGAGGGUGGCGUGGUGUGGCAGGUGGUGCGGCCGGGCACAAUGCUGCUCGACCAGCAGGAGAGCGGCGCCGCCGGCCUCUCGCGCUUCCCGCACAUACAGAAGGAGCUGCAGGGCGCCAGCGUCGGCGACUUUAUGCUCCGCAAGAUUGUCGCCGCGAAUGGAGAGCGUGUCGCCUCGCAGUGGCCGUACUAUGCGGACGCCGCGACGGAGAGCCAUCUGGUGCGCGCCUGCUGCGGGUGCCCCUGCCGAGGGCAAGACGACGGUGACCCGGAGGCGGACGAGGAGUACUAG